AUGCGGAGACAAGCCAGUCAGUUGGUAAAGGGGCUGUGGGAACAAAUUAUGACAUUAUCGGACUCCGACAUCAUAAAACUAAUUCAAGAGACUCAAGUAUUUCAUGAUGCUGCAAAAAUAGGGAAUGUUGAGUUUCUGACUCUGCUUACUCACUCAUAUCCUGAUCUUAUAUGGAAAGUCGACUCAAAUAAAUACUCCGUAUUUCAUGUUGCUGUAAUUAACCGACAAGAGAAAGUAUUCAGUCUCAUCUACCACAUAGGAGCUGUCAAGGAUUUAAUUACACUCAAUAUAGAUAAUAAAGGAAACAACAUUUUGCACUUGGCCGGGAAAUUAACACCUCCAAGCAGACUCAAUAUUGUAUCUGGAGCAGCUCUUCAAAUGCAAAGAGAACUACUAUGGUUCAAGGAGGUGGAGAAGAUUGUACCAUAUUCAGUACUCAAUGUGAAAAACAGAGACGACCAAACACCAAGGGAGUUAUUUUCCAAGGAGCACAAGAAGUUAAGGAAAGAUGGUGAAGAGUGGAUGAAGGAGACCGCAACUUCUUGCAUGGUGCCACAACUUUAA